AUGGACGUGGAGCAGCUUCACAUCGUCUUGCAACAAUCUUUUAGUCCAGAUGCCAACCUUCGUGUUCCUGCGGAGGAGACGGUCCGUAAUUUGAAGCAUGUAAAGGGGUCAACAACGCUGCUAUUGCAAGUUGCCGCAGAGGCUCAGGUUCAAUUUGAAGUUCGACAAGCUGCUUCUAUUCAGCUGAAAAAUAUCUGCAGAGAAUGCUGGGCCGAGCGGCUUAACUUUGCUGGUGUCCCACUGACGGCCGAUGGAAAGAAGGCUCCUCUGCUAGACGAAGAGGACAAGGCUAGAAUUCGUCCUGGCCUUGUAGCCGCAUUGUUGGCAGAGGCGGAAAAGAGUCUGCGAGACUUGCUUGCGGAAACACUACAUACAAUUGUCAUCCAUGACUUUCCCCAAAGUUGGCCUGACCUAAUUCCUACCCUUCUCACUACAAUUCAACAAGGAGCCAAUGAUCCUGCUCAGGCUUUGAGAGUACACAACGCUCUUUUGGCUCUUCGUAAAGUGUGCAAGCGUUAUGAAUACAAGAGCAAAGACCAAAGGGGGCCUCUAAAUGAAAUUGUCAACCAAGCCUUUCCCUUGCUACUGCCGCUAGCCCAGCGUCUUUCGGCUCCAGAAGAGCAUGCAUUGGAAGCUGCCAUGAUGCUGAAGCAAAUCCUGAAGAUAUUCUGGUCUUCUACCCAAUUUUACCUUCCUGGUUCAGAUGGGAAUGGACCAUCUCCAGCGCUUGCGAACCCACAAUCCAUGCAACCAUGGCUUGACAUUCUUCAACGGGCACUCGUAAAGCCUCUUCCUGAAGCUAGCACUGGCCUGGAACCAAAGAAUCAACCAACGACUGUUGAUGAGAGAAACGCAUGGCCAUGGUGGAAGGUGAAGAAGUGGGCAGUUCAAAUCAUGAGCCGACUUUUCUCGCGCUAUGGAAUUCCAAGCUAUGCGGAAGACGACGCCAAGGAAUUCGCAAAAUAUUUCUCGCAAAAUGUUGCAACGCAGUUCUUGGGUCCUGUUUGUGAAACACUGAACCUUCGUCCAAGCGGUCAGUUUUGCACCGACCGUGUGGUGCACUUGUGUUUGACUUAUGUGGACUUGGCAGUGGAACUCUCUUCCACCUACAAGCUCUUGAAGCCUCACUUGGACUUUCUGUUGUACCAAGUGUGCUUCCCAACUAUGUGCUUGACCCAGGAAGAUGUUGAAGUUUUUGAGAACGAUCCUCAUGAAUUUGUUCACAGGCAGAACAGCCCACUAGCAGACUUCUACGACCCUCGUAUGUCAGCCAUCACUUUGGUGACUGAUUUGGUCAAGCACCGUGGCCAGGACGUGACCCAAAACUUGCUCGGGCGUAUGACCGAGAUUCUUCAGCGUUAUAAUGCGUCGCCUCCUGAAAACAGGAAUCAUGUAGAAAAGGAUGGAGCUCUUUUGACAUUUGGGUCCUUGUCAAAGUUCCUUCUUGCAAAGGAUAAAUACGCCAAAGAAUUGGAAGGAUUGUUGGUCACCUCUGUCUUCCCAGACUUCAAUUCCCCUGUUGCUUUCCUCCGCUAUCGGGCAUGCUGGAUGGUGCAACAGUUUUCAACAGUUAGUUGGUCAGAUGACGGGUCGAAUUUGAGAAACCUGCUUCAAUUAAACUUGCAACGACUGAGUGACCCUGCUCUACCAGUUCAAAUUGAAGCAAGUAAGAGUCUCCGCUAUUUGAUUGAAGCAGAUGGUGCAGAUCAAACUCUUCUCCCCGUCCUGCCACAACUGUUGACAGAGUACUUCAGGAUUAUGAAUGAAAUUGGUAACGAUGAAGUUGUUAGCGCACUCCAAGUCCUUUUGGAUAAAUUCGGUGACCACAUCGAGCCACACGCUCAUCAGCUUGUUACCCAGUUGAGUAAUGCAUUCAACCAAUACUGUACCGCUGGUGAGGACGACGAUGACGACGACGCUGCUAUGGCUGCCGCCCAAUGUUUGGAGUGUAUCGCUACAGUGUUGAAGGGUAUCUGUGAUCAGCCUAGUAUCAUGAAAAAUCUUGAACCUUUGCUGAUCCCACUUAUCCUGAAGAUCAUGGGAAAUGAUGGAGAAUACAUUGAAUAUCUUGAGUGUGCAUUGGACAUCCUGACAUUCCUGACGUACUUCCCAGACACUAUCUCUCCAGAAUUAUGGCAGGCGUUCCCCUUGAUCUAUGUCGCAUUCGACCAAUGGGCAUAUGAUUACCUUAACAUGAUGGUCCCAUGUUUGCAGAGUUACAUUGCGAAGGCCCCAGAUUUCUUCCUUCAAGGUCAAGCCCAGCUUCCUGAAGGAAACAUACCGUACAUCGAUCUUAUCGUCAGUAUGGUUGCGAAGACUGUCACCAAUGACAAGGCAUCAGAGUCCGAAUGUCGCUACGCUCUUUCUCUUUUCAUGAGCUUGCUUCACAACUGCGGAGGAAAGAUCGACAUGUACCUUACGAUCAUUAAUGAAAUUUCCCUUGGAAAGCUUGGUCAGCAAGUCAAUGCGGAUAUUCCCUUGACGCGAAUCUCGAUUUACCAAAUUUUGGGAUCUGCGCUCUACUACAAUCCUCAGUUGGAACUUGUUGAGUUGGAAAAACGGGGUGUAACGCAACAAGUGUUCGGCAAGUGGAUGAAGGAUGUAGAGACUAUGGAUCGUUGGCUUCCGAGGAAGCUCACCAUCCUUGGCAUGUCAUCGAUUCUUUCGCUUCCCGUGUCUUCGUUGCCACCGUCAUUACAAUCAUCAAUACCACAGUUGAUUGACGGUGUCGUUCGAAUGUGCAUCUCCCUUAAGGAAGACGAGAAUAAGACAGGGGGUGAUGGAGGAGAUGACGAUGUCACAGGAUCUGGAGGUGGUCUUCCUGCUGAUAUUGGGGACGUCGACCAGGGAUUUGGAGAAGACGAGGAUGUCACAAAUGAGGUUGACGAGUCCUACCGAAAGGCAUUGCAAGGAGUCACGAGCUGGGACGACGACAUGGCCAGGUUCCUGCUCGGUGGCGAUUGGGACGAAGACCGCGAGGAUGUUGACGAGGACUUUACCUCUCCUCUUACGGACAACAGUAUCGAUGAACUUUUGUUCUUGAGCGAUAUUUUGACUACGGCUUUCCAGAGAGAGCCAGAGGCAUACCAACAAAUACAGACUGCGAUGUCCCCAGAGGCAGCUGCAAACUGUCAAAAGAUUUUCCAAGCUGCAGCUGCCCUGCGAGCCCAGGCUGCGCAACAAAGCACUCAGCAAUCGUAG